AUGAGUUACGAUACAAUCCCAGAUUUCUUGGCGGAACAGAGAGAUGCAGCCCCAGAGGAGCUCCAGGGACUUAUUCUAGAAUUUGAGAAUUUCUGGGAGCGCAAACUCUGGCAUCAACUGACUGAGGCGCUUCUGCAAUUCUUCCGAGACCCGCGCAGCGAGCCACAGCGCUUACCUUUCUAUAAAGCCUUCAUAUCCAAAUUUGCCGAUAAGAUUAACCAGCUGAAGCUUGUAGAGCUUGCCUUGGCAGCUUCGACACAAUGCCCAGAUGAUCACGAAAAACUUCAUUUCCUGGAAGCACUGGCGAAGAAAGUCGAUAACGAGAACACGCAAGACGCCCUUGUCUAUGCCUCUGUCGCCGUCGCGAGAGUCAAGCUGGAGUUACAUGACCGCGAUGGUGCUCGCAGGGACUUGUCGAACUGUGAAAGGAUUCUAGACAGCUUUUCUUCGGUCGAGACCGUCGUUCAUGCUGCUUUCUAUGACGCGAACGCAACAUAUUACCAGAUGAUCACCGACUUCGCCGCAUACUAUCGCAAUGCCCUUUUGUAUCUCGCCUGCAUUGACGUGAAUUCUCUUUCCCCUGAAGAGAAGGAGAGUCGAGCCUACCACCUCAGCGUUGCAGCGCUUGUAUCGGCUAGCAUCUACAACUUCGGCGAGCUUCUUCUCCAUCCAAUCCUCGAUGCCCUUGUCUCCUCUAAGGAAUACCCGUGGCUUCGAGAGCUACUCUUCGCGUUCAAUCGGGGCGAUCUCGAUGCUUUUGACCGCCUAGCAAACCACAUCACAUCUAACGAGCUCCUGCGCGAGCACUCCGCCGAACUUCGCCAGAAAAUAUACCUCGCAGCUCUCACUGAAGCUAUCUUCCAACGACCGCCGCACGAGAGAUCUAUCUCGUUCAGCGACGUGGCCGAGUCGACCAAGGUCCGCCCGAAUGAGAUCGAACAUUUAAUUAUGAAGGCCUUCAGUCUAGGGCUACUUAGAGGCACCAUUGACCAGGUCGAUCAAAUCGCCCAUAUCACUUGGGUACAACCCAAGGUCCUCGACAUAAAGCAGAUUGACAACAUGCGCCAAAGGCUGUUGGAGUGGGACUCCAGUGUAAAUGACUUAGGUCAUUAUAUUGAAAACGCCGGAAAGGACGUCUGGGCCGUUUGA